AUGCCAUACAUGUUUAGACCCAAGCAUCAGAAACUGAUUCUUCAGUGCUACCCUCCCAAAAAACUUUCAGUUAGUGGGGAGUCGAUGCCCAACAAAUCAAAGCUUUCAUAUCUUGUUUAUUAUGCAUCUACGAGGAGAACAAAGCUCGAAAAGGUGUCCAGUUUCCUUUAUAAGAAGACACAGUCGGAUGUGUCCAGGGGAAGACUCACCAAUCUUAAAGUCACCUUGUACAUUUUGAUGGAGCUCGUUGACAAAUGCUCGGAUGAUCUUGGUAUGUUUGCCAUGAGUGUGGCCCAGAUCCUUGAGAUGGUUCUUCUUUUGGAAGAUUUGAGUACGUGUCAGCUUGCGCUCAAGUUGUACAUGAAGUUUUGCGAAAAAUUGGCCCCCAUCGAGUGGCAGACGUUUUCCUCCAACCAUGUUCUUCUGAAGAAAUUUAUUCAUGUUUCGUGUAUUUUGUUGAACUUUGGAUGGACCGGCCAGGAAAAGCCUCCUAAAGCUGGCCGUACAAGGCAGGAUGAUUCCACAUAUAAUUCUGCGUUUCAUGAUGACUGGCUCCGCAUCUCAUUGCUGACUGCUGGAUGCAUUGCCGAAUACGUAAACACGCCGUUCUCAAUCCUGAAAAGUGCAAAUCUAGUUGAGAAGUCGAUACACUUGAUUCUCCAGACUUUUGACGAGAGGGCUUCUUUACUUGAGGCGUUGUCGAGAUCUCUCACAAAUAGCAGUGUGAUGAGUUCUUUGGAAGGUGACAAGAAGCAGAACAGUGAAGGUGAUGAAGAGGGCAGUGAAGGACACAAAGAAUUCUCUCUAGGAAACGACGAUGGCAAGGAUGAAGAUGCAAAUCUUGAGACGUUGGCCUUGAACUCGUUGAAAACGUUCUUUAGCACCAGUAGCAAGCACCAGGUGGACACGUGCACGAAAUCAGUCAUCAGCUAUGCACUCAAGUACGGAGCAGACGUGCAGUGGGUGAACAAGUUGAUGAUCCUGUGUGCCAAGAAGACGCACAUCGAGCUCCGGUAUCGCAUAAUUUCAACGUUGAUGGUUCAGCUUAACUCAUCAAACCGUAGUCGUGGAUUCCGGAUGUUCCUCUGCGACUUAAUCUCGAAUAUCCUCUCUUCCCAGGACGUGAACCUGGUGGGUUUGCCUGUCCGCGAUGUUUUGAACAGCAUGCUCACGAACCAGAGGAGUCUCGUGUGUGAGAAAAGUUCGAUCGAGCCGGAGCAGAGUGCAAAAACGGGCUCUGGUGAACAGGAUGCGACGAAAAUGGCACAAACCCCAUCGCAGAACUCCCGGAUGUCGUAUGCGACAAGAAAGGAGUUGCAGGAGGCAUUUUUGGACGUGAUCUCGAGUCUUGGAAGGCACAUCUACUACAACACGCAGAUCAACGACAUGGUGGUAGAAAUCAUGUCGUAUUACUACAACUUUGUGAAGUCAGUGUCGGACUCGGAAGUUGCCGUCACUGAGGACGAGUUUGUGUCGAUCACCAAACUCAUGAUUUGCGAUGUGGAAAGUAUCCACGACACGUGUGGAGGAGACAGCUACCUGAUGUACAAGCGGGUGCCCUACAGAUUGAACAUUAUGAACCAUCUCCUCUACACUUUGAGUCUCUUGCAAAGCAUUGACGGCUCCAUACUCAAGCGGGAGACCUCCGAGCAAGUUCAGCAGGCCUGGAUGCACGUUCUAGAGAAAUCGUGCCAGUCUGAGGUCGAUGGUGACCACCCCAGCAGCCCCAAUGUCGACCUUUGCAUCACCAACAACUUGGAAAAUCCAAUAUGCCUCUUCCUCGACUUGGUCCCGCGAAUGGCUCAAACCAGCAUGUCCAACAGCCAGUUCAUGCUCCAGGUUUGGGAGACCACUGAGGCGAUGCUCGAGCAUCUCAAGAUCAACUUCUUCAUCAACUUCCUCAAAUUUAGCGGCUCCUGGUUGGGCAAAGACCCCGGCACUUUCGAGUACAACUACGCGCUUAUGAUUCUCUACAAAGGCGGUCCUGUGGUUGGUUGUGAAGCCCUCCCACGGUACGUGCAACCCUUCUUGGAUGCUUUGCAACGGUCUGCAAAGCUUCAAGGCUUCUUCAGCUACUUGCCUGCUGAAGCUUCCGACUGUGACGACCCACCAAGUGCAGUCGACAAGACUAAACUCAUUACGAUAUACAGAGAAACACCUUCGAUUCUCAGAUGGCUUGCCUUCACAGGCAUCACAUCCACAUCCUACGACGAUUCGGAGACCCCCAUUGUUUCGCAGGCUCCCCCAAUCAGAGGUCCUCUUGCUAAAGCCCUAACAGGUGCAUCUUUAAGGUUGGCAAGCACGUACAGUGCCACGUCGUUAAUUCCGGCCUUAACUCCGCCCGGCACCCGGUCUCGGGACGGCUCCAUUUUAGACAUCUCCACCAUCAGUCCGUCCAUUGCACAGUCUUUCAGCUCUGUGCGUACCCGCACCAGCCUCCGGGAUUUGCUAUCUAUCACAAGUGGCAUGAGUGCUCCUGGGAUCACCUUCAAUGAUUCGGAUGUCUCUUCCUUAAACAGUGCUUCUGCCUCUGUUACUACAGCAGAGGCUGACGGGAGUAAUUCGGCCGCGGUAGGAAAAACAACAACCACAAAAACAGCAAAGGCAAAAACUACAUCGCCACCUCCUCCACAGCCUUUGAGCAAUUCAACGCCAAACGGUGCCUUUGCCAGCAGUAACGAUGCCAAUGGAAAAAUGCAGAAACCAUUCUCAUCCAAGCAUCAGCACCUACCGAGAAAGAAAAGCGGGUUGGCCUACUGCAUUUCGAACUUGAACUUGUCCGACUCCGAUGAUGACUCCAGCAUCAAGGCCAACGAUGACUCUCAAAAGAGCACCUCAAAGAGCAUAAUCGUGGAAGAGGCCUGA